GUCCCAGCGUGUGCAUGGAGUCCCAAGCUCCUGCACUGCCUGCUCCUCUUGGCUUCUGGAAACGAUUUCCCUGCCAUUCUUCUUGUGCACUUUGGAGGAAGAACUGUCAAACCUGCCAGCAGUGAUGGGUCUUUUUGUAUCCCCCGGAUCAGUUUUGUUAUUGUUGGAGUGGGUUACGUGAGGAGCACUGUUUUUGUUCUACCUUAACCUGCAGCUUGCCAAGCUCUGGUGCAGGGUAACUCCUUCACUACAACCCCAUGCUGUCUGUGUUGCUCUGCUUCCCGGUGAGCUCUCGUGCUGCACAGCUCCCUGCAGUAUUCUUGUGCCGUGCAGCUGCUCUGGGGAUGACAGAGCUGUUCAGUGCUUGCUGGAAGCAGUCCCUGUGUCUCUGUUACAGUGACUGCGGUUGCUGUUCUCAGGAGGACGUGCUGGUAGCUGUGAGAGCCAUGUGUGGCUCACUGCUCCUUCCUGGCUCGGUGCUCCACCUGCUCCAGCAGCAGGGGUGGUUGUGUAGCACUCCGUUUGGGGGCUGCUCUCGCUGUGCUUCUGCUGCCAGUCCCCAUCUCCCUCAGUGACAGGGAGCAGGCAGUGCAGGAACUUGGACUCUGGGACAUUGUGCUGGCUCUGCUUGGUGAUCCUUCAGCCUGCUCGCCACAGGGCAGCGCUCAGUGCAUGCUCCACAACUGCUGCUGAGUUCUGGCACUGCCACUGGGGCUCUGCAGGUCUGUGCAGCCGAUGGCUUUAAUUCUGAACCCAGCAAUAACUGUGCUCUGCUCUUCUGGAUGAGCUUUCUGGCAGACCAGGGCUGCAACUUAACCACCAAGGCGUGGAGCUGAACCAGUGAGCAGUGUUAUACAAAGCACAUUUCCAGCCACUAAGCGAGAGCUUCAGAGCAGAAGGGACUCGAGAUGCAGCAGGAAGCCCCACUGUGUUAUUUCACCUCUUCCAUGUGUGGUGACUGGAUCUAACGUGCAGUGUGUGGGGCUGAGAGCCCAGCUGUAACCCCGGGGUGAUGCGUGUGCUUCAGGGGUGCAUGCAGACAUCAGAGUCUGCUCCAGUUACUGCUCGGUUGGGUUUGGACAUCAAAGAGUGACACACAGAGCCUCCUCUGCCUUCAUAGUGAGGAAACAGCGCUGGCUCCUUGCACUGAGCUGGGCUUUGAGUUCUGUGCUGGGAUAUUUGCAUUCGGGAUCCAUCAGGUGUAUUCAGAAUGUCAGUUUUCCUGUUGUUAGUGUUUUUUAGGGGAUGGGGAAGCGAUGCCAUGGCAGUUUGGAGUGGUCUUAGCGUCUCUGAAUCACAGAGUCAGGCUGUGUGGGUGCUGCAGGGAGUAUUACUAUUAUUUUGGAAGGGGUGGGGGGAACAGCAAACCUCUGCAUUCCAGGAAAAGCAUUGCAGAUAGAAUAUUGUUGGGCAUUGUGGAUGUGCAGUGCUGUCUUGUAUCUGGCUCUCAGGAGGCAUCGUCCUGCUGUGCACCAUUUCCUGAUGCCUGGAGAUGUGCACCACUGAAUACCUGUGCCUGCUGGGCUGUCUGUGAGCUCAGAGAAAUGUGUGCUCUGGUGUUGCAGCACGCCUGGAACAGGACUGCACGAGGAUUGAAGUCAUUUACAUCUCCUGUUGGUUUUUGCCUUCCAGAUUCCAGAGACCUGUUAAAGGAAUUCCCACAGCCCAAGAACUUGCUCAAUAGCGUGAUUGGACGGGCCUUGGGCAUUUCCCAUGCAAGGGACAAACUGGUGUACAUCCAUACCAACGGGCCCAGAAAAAAGAAAGUCACUUUGCACAUAAAGUGGCCUAAGAAUGUGGAAGUAGAAGGCUAUGGGACCAAGAAGAUUGAUGCUGAGAGACAAGCGGCAGCUGCUGCGUGCCAGCUCUUCAAGGGCUGGGGUUUGCUGGGGCCCAGGAAUGAGCUGUUUGACGCUGCCAAGUACCGGCUGCUGGCUGACCAGCUGGGCUGCCCCGAUGAGAGGUGGUGCUCGGAGGGCAAAUGGCGCUCCAAGUCCGGCCCUUCCCUCGCCGACCUGUCGACCUGCUGGCGGCGGAUGGAGCCUGACGACCCCAUCCAGCCCAUGGAGCAGGGCAGGAUGGCCAAAGCCAUGAGGAGAGAAGAGCUGGAGGAAGGGGAGCUGGAGGAAGGGGAACUGGAGGAGGGAGAGCUGGAAGAAGAGGCGAUCGAUGUCUCCGAUUAUUUACCCAUGGCGCAUCAGGACGCUCGAACUCCUGGCAGAGAUGCGAGCCGAGGAGGGAGUUCCAUUGAAAUGACAGAUGACAACACUGCCAUCCGUGCUCUGACGCAGUUCCCGCUUCCCAAAAACCUCCUGGCCCAAGUGAUUCAGAUUGCAACCUCUUCCUCCACAGUCAAGGAAUACAUGCAGUUCCGUACGGUUGGCACCAAGACCAAGAUCUGCAAGCUGACGCUGCGCUGGCCCUGUCCCAUGACUUUUGCAGCCAAGGGCCGUCGUAAGGUGGAGGCAGAAAACAAAGCAGCAGCCUUGGCCUGUCAGAAGCUGAAGAGCCUUGGCCUGGUGGACAAGAACAACAACCCACUCAGCCAUGCUAUGUAUAACAUGACUUCCCUCCGGGAGCUUGGUGAGAACCAGAGGAAGCCGUGCCACAUCAAAGUCCCUGAAGCAACCCUGCGUAAGAUUGAGAACUAUCUGAAUCAUUAUCCGGUGGACAUCAGGGAGUCCAGGCCCCGGAUUGCUGAUGACAUGAUGAACCUGAGCAAGGAGUCGGGCGCCAUCAGCGACGCCAUCACGGGGAAGACGUACAUCCCUAUGCUGGAAGCGGAGGAAGUGCGCCUCAGUCAGAACCUGCUGGCCCUCUGGAAGAGGAGGGGAUCCUCGUGGCAGGAGAGCCACCCGCUGCCCGUGGACCCUCACAAGGACACCAUCCUCUCAGCCAUCGAGCAGAACCCCGUGGUGGUGAUAGCGGGAGAUACGGGCUGCGGGAAAACCACGAGGAUCCCUCAGCUCCUGCUGGAACAUUACAUCCUGGAGGGACGCGGCGCCCGCUGCAACGUCGUCAUCACGCAGCCCAGGAGGAUCAGCGCCAUCUCGGUGGCCCAGCGCGUGGCGCAGGAGUUGGGUCCCAACAUGAGGAAGAACGUGGGCUACCAGGUGCGGCUGGAGAGCAAACCCCCGGCCCGGGGAGGAGCCCUGCUCUUCUGCACCGUGGGCAUCCUGCUGCGGAAGCUGCAGGGAAACCCCAGUCUGGAGGGUGUCAGCCACGUCGUGGUCGACGAGGUCCACGAACGAGAUGUCAACACGGAUUUCCUGCUCAUCCUGCUCAAAGGCAUCCAGAAGCUCAACCCCGACCUGCGCCUGGUCCUGAUGAGCGCCACAGGAGACAAUCAGCGCUUCUCCCAUUACUUUGGGGAUUGCCCUGUGGUCAAGGUGCCCGGUUUCAUGUACCCAGUGAAGGAGUACUACCUGGAGGAGAUCCUGGCCAAGCUGGGUAGGCACCGACACCGGCACUACGAGAUAAAGCAAUCAGAUGAUGAAUGUGUCCUUGAUCUUGAUCUGAUCACCGACCUUGUACUCCAGAUUGACGCCCAUGGAGAACCAGGUGGGAUCCUCUGCUUUCUGCCCGGGUGGCAGGAAAUCAAAGGGGUGCAGCAGCGCCUGCUGGAGAUGCUGGGCUCCCAGAACAGCCGGUACCUCGUCCUGCCAGUGCACUCCAACAUCCCCAUGAUGGACCAACAGAACAUCUUCCAGCGGCCUCCGCCUGGCGUCAGGAAGAUCGUCCUGGCCACCAACAUCGCUGAGACCUCCAUCACCAUCAACGACAUCGUCCACGUGGUGGACAGUGGCACGCACAAGGAGGAGCGCUAUGACCUGAAGACCAAGGUGUCUUGCCUGGAAACAGUCUGGGUGUCCAAAUCGAACGUGGUGCAGCGGCGAGGGCGCGCCGGCCGCUGCCAGUCGGGGUUUGCCUAUCACCUCUUCCCUCGCAGCCGCCUGGACAAGAUGCCAACAUACCAGGUGCCAGAGAUCCUGCGCACCCCGCUGGAGAACCUGGUGGUUCAGGCCAAGAUCCACAUGCCAGAGAAAACAGCAGUUGAAUUUCUCUCCAAGGCUCUGGACAGCCCUGACAUCAAAGCUGUGGAUGAAGCAGUGAUUUUGCUGCAGGAAAUUGGGGUGCUGGACCAGCGAGAAGCCCUCACCACCCUGGGCAAACGCCUUGCCCAGAUCUCCACAGACCCUCGGCUGGCGAAGGCCAUCGUCCUGGCAUCCAUCUACCGCUGCCUCCACCCUCUGCUCGUCAUCGUUUCCUGCCUCACCCGGGACCCCUUCAGCAGCAGCCUGCAGAACCGUGCGGAGGUGGACAAGGCCAAGGCCGUUCUGAGCAGGGAGAGCGGGAGCGAUCACCUCGCCUUUGUCAGAGCCGUGGCGGGCUGGGAGGAGGUGCUGAGACGCAGAGACAGCCGUGCCAGGGAUAACUACCUGCAGGACUACUACCUGUACGGCCCCAGCCUUCGCUUCAUCAACGGCCUUGUCAAGCAGUUCUCAGAGAACCUCUACGAAGCCUUCCUGGUGUCCUCGCCAUCUGACUGCACCAUGCCUUCAUCUGUAUGUAACCAGUACAGUGAAGAGGAGGAACUGGUCAAGGGAGUCCUCAUGGCCGGACUCUACCCCAACCUCAUCCAGGUGAGACAAGGCAAGGUGACCCGCCAAGGGAAGUUCAAGCCCAACAGCUACGCGUACCGGACAAAGGCGGGCACCGUUCUGCUUCACAAGUCAACCAUCAACAGGGAGGCCUCCAAGCUGUACAGUCGCUGGCUGACCUAUUUCAUGGCGGUGAAGUCCAACGGAGGGGUGUUUGUGCGGGACUCCUCCCAGGUCCACCCGCUGGCUGUGCUGCUCAUGACUGACACGGACAUCCACGUCCGAGACGACGGCUGGCGAGCGACCGUCUCCCUGACGGACAGCGACCUCCUGGUGCUGGAGGGCGACUCCUACACCAUCCGCCUGCUGCGCGACUUCCGCGUCUCGCUCUCCAAGAUGGUGGAGACGUGUCUGUGCUACGAGAUGGCGGCCAUCCCCGGCGACCUGCACCACCAGCACAGCCAGCUGCUCGACAUCCUGGUGGAUCUGCUCAAAGGCCCUCCCGGCAGCUUCGGCGCCUGAGGCGGAGCCGGAGGAUUUUGUGGGGACUUGUAAUUUGUAUAAAGAUGUUCACAAAUGUUUAUUUAAAUAAAAGUUCUAUUUAUCCCUUGUGAAGUCAUCUCUCUCCAUCCUAGAAGAUUAAUGUUGUCUGAUCUCCUGCUGUCGGCUCCGUGCAUGGUCACCAGGAGGAACAACCAGCGCAGCACCGCCCGGACCAGAAGCGCCGAUGGAAGCCGAUGGGCGCCGCGCACCCUGAACUGGACCACGAGGCUGCGGCUGCGCCGUCCUCUGCCCAUCCCCACAGGGCCGGGAGGGAGCAGCGCUGGGCAGAGCUGAGCUUCUCCAGCUCUGGAAUGCGGAUCUCAGCCGUCGGAUGCAGCAGCAGCAGCACAGCUCCAUGGCUCCCAGCCCGGCACAAGGGAGAAAGACGCGGCGGCGACGCUCGGCUCGGGAUCGGUGACGCCUGGGAUCCGCGGUGCCUUGGCACCCUGUGAGACGUGACUCGUUGUUCCCGGCCUGCCUGUACUUUUUGUCUCUUGCGUUGUUCUUAUGAUUUUGUAUGAUUUCUCGUCCUCCCCGCGCCCAGGAGCUCGGAUCCCUGGCCUUGUGCACCGCAGGACACCGCUGUCGCUGUCACUGUGCCUGCGAGCGCGGCUCCUGCAGGCGGCCAGGAGCACGGGCACAGAGCCUUUGUUUUGUACGAGCGGGGACCACGUUUGUGCAGGAGGAGGACUGGGACGGCACUGCAGUGAAGGAGCUCUGGAGUUCGGUCCCUGUCGGUGCCACCUACCUCACAGGGCUGUUGUGAGGCUUCGUUCCGUUCGUUCCCUGUGGGCCGCUGGGCUGCGGGCAGUGCAGGGGCGAUGCUGAGGGCCCACGUUUUGUUUUUAUUCACCAUUUCUUACGCUCUUUGUACCUGAAGUCAGGGCCGGGGCCCCUUUUUGUUCUGCACUGCGAUUUCGUUUCCUCCUCACGGCCUUUCAGGAGCGGAGCUGCAGCCCCGGCCGUGCGAACUGAUGGGCGGCGAUGGGCGCAGCGUGCGGAACUCAUUCAUUUCACUUGCUUGAGGUUGUCACUCUGAGUUGAGCAGUGUUUGUUUCUUUCAGCCUGUAUGAGGGGCAGGAUGGGUUUGGGUUUUUUUUGGUUUUUUUUUUUUUUCUUCCCUUCCAGCAGGUUUAAAAACAAAAAAAAAGACUAAGCUAUUGUCUAAAUGGUUCAGAACUAGUGUGAUAUUGGGAUACUUCAGUGGCUGUUAUGUGAUACUGGAUCUUUUUACAACAUAGAUUAAAGACAAUAAAAAGGGAUAGAGUAGUAA